ACUCGACGCGAUCCUCGAGCCGUCGCUCGACGAGCUGCGGGAGUUCGGCGCGGCCUGCGCGCACCUCCUCCCCGACGCGCUCGCGGCCUGGGUCGCCGCGCCGCCGCCGGCGCCCUGGCUCCGCCGGGCCGACGGCGCGCGCCUCCUCCGGCGGCUCGAGGCCGUGGACGCGGCGUCGCUGGAGCUCCCGCUCAAGGACGCGCCGGGGUUGGAGGAGGUCUGGGCGCUCGCGACGCUCGACGUCGCCGACGGCGACGUCGGCGCGGUCGCGGCGCGCAUCCUCCGGGGCGAGGUCGACGCGCCGUCGGCCGACGCGCUCCGCACCCUCGCGGGGGUCCCGGGCGCCGGCGAGGACCCGCGGACCGCCGGCGACGGCUCGCGGGCGCUCGAGGUCGCGCUCGCGCGCGUCUCGGACGCGCGGCGCUUCGCGCGGCUCUUCCCGGACCGCGUCCGCGUCGACGCCGACACCCUCGCCGCGCUCUACGACGCGGGCGCGGCCUGCUGCGCGCGCGCGCUCCCCGGCGAGCUCGACCGCGCGCUGCGCUGCGACAGCUGCGGCGCGGUUCGCGCGCACGUCAAGAAGCGGACGUGCCGCGCGUGCCUCAAGGCCGCCGCGGACGAGGAGCGGCGCCUCUCCGCGAUGCGCCGGACGCCGUCCUGGCACUCGUGCCCAAUAAUGCUUUCUCCCAACUCCCUGCUCUUCGCGGCCUUCGCGACCUGCACGUCGUAUGAAUUCAUCGCCAGCACCAACAGCCCCUUCGACGGCAUCGACGUCGGUGCCCAGAGCGCGCCCACCCUCGCCAACAUCGACGGCGACGGCGACCUCGACCUCGUCGUGGGCGAAUACGACGGCGCCCUCUACUACUACGAGAACGUCGGGUCCGCGACGUCGCCGAACUACGAGGAG